CAAUAUUUUGAUCAUGAUACUAUUGCAGUUGAUAUUUUUCGUAGUCUUUAGUACGAAUGUAUUAGCGAAACCACAUAAAUCAACAUUCCAAAAUGAAAAAUGCGGCUAUCAGGCAUGCCCGGUUGCGAAAAAGGAUAAACUAAAUAUCCAUUUAUUACCUCAUUCACAUGACGAUGUUGGAUGGUUAAAAACUGUGGAUCAAUAUUAUUAUGGAAGCAAACCAAACAUUCAACAAGCCGCAGUACAAUUCAUUCUUGAUUCCGUUAUUAAAGAAUUAAUCCAAGAUGAAAAUAGAAGGUUUAUUUACGUAGAAACAUCGUUCCUGAUGAAAUGGUGGAAAGAGCAAAAUGAAGAAGUGCGUAGCCAAGUGAAACAUCUCAUAAAUAAUGGACAAUUGGAAAUUAUUAAUGGGGCAUGGAGUAUGAAUGAUGAAGCCGUAACUCAUUAUCAAUCGAUAAUUGAUCAAUUCACCUGGGGAUUGAGACAAUUAAAUGAUACAUUUGGUGAAUGUGCGCGACCGAAAAUUGGAUGGCAAAUUGAUCCAUUUGGUCAUAGCCGUGAAAUGGCAUCAAUUUUUUCUCUAUUGGGUUAUGAUGGAUUAUUUUUUGGACGUUUAGAUUUUCAAGAUAAACAAAAACGGUUAAACGAAAAAUCAAUGGAAAUGAUUUGGCGUGGAAGUCCAAAUUUAGGUGAAUCUUCGGAUUUGUUUACAGGUGCUUUGUAUAACACUUAUUUUGCACCAGGUGGAUUUUGUUUUGAUAUUUUAUGUGGUGAUGAGCCGAUUAUUGACGAUAAAAAAAGUCCAGAAUAUAACGUGGAUGACAGGAUUCGAAGUUUCAUCGACACCUGUAAGCAACAAGCGUCAGGCUACAAAACAAACAAUGUUCUAAUUACCAUGGGCUCAGAUUUUACUUAUCAAGAUGCCCAUAAGUGGUAUAAAAAUAUGGAUAAAUUAAUAUUCUAUAUAAAUAAAUUACAAGAUGAAGGUCUCACUGACGUGAAUAUAUUCUAUUCUACUCCUUCGUGUUACGUUAAAGCACUUCAUGAAACAAAUGAAACAUGGCCUACAAAAACCGACGAUUUCUUCCCAUAUGGAUCGGAUCCCCACUCCUAUUGGACUGGUUUUUACACUUCACGCCCAACAACCAAAUAUUUUGAACGUCGAGGAAAUAAUAUUCUUCAGGUGGCCAAACAAAUAGGAUAUACAGAAGAACAUGAAGCUUUAGUAAGACUUCGGGAGGCAAUGGGUGUUUGGCAACAUCAUGAUGCAAUCACUGGUACAGAAAAACAACAUGUUACUUCUGAUUAUGAACGAAUUUUAUCUGAAGCUAUCCAUGAUUUCGAUAAUGAUUUGAGAUCAAGAACGAGUAAACUGCCACCAUUUGAUUCCAUUGCUAGUGACGUUCUUACUAUAGAUUGUGCAUUUAAUAUUAGUCAAUGUAAUCACACUGACAAUUCUCAACCGUUUUGGGUGAUAAUUUACAAUCCAAGCAGCCACAAUAUUGACAAAUAUAUUCGUAUUCCUGUUAACGAAAGAAAUUACGAUGUUUUAAAUUUAGAUGGUGAUCUUGUACCAAAUCAGAUUAUUCCCCUAUCAGAAGGUGUAUUAAAUAUUCCUGGUCGUACUAGUAACGCCAAAUAUGAUUUGGUGUUUCUCGCAUCAGAUAUUACCCCUCUUGGAUAUAAAGUAUAUUUUGUGAUUCCUUCAGAUAAAGAAAAAAAUACAUCGUUCAUGAGCAAAAGAAUUGAAAAAGAAACAUCAAUUGUUGAAAAUCAAUAUGUUAGAAUUAUUUCGGAAAAUAAUGGGAAAAAAAUAACUUUUAGCUCUAAAAACGAACCACUUAACAUAACUCAAGAAUAUGCUUACUAUCAAGGAUUUUUAGGUGAUAAUCAUAAUGAUGAAAGUCGUUCAUCUGGUGCAUAUAUUUUCCGACCAGCGUCUUCUGCAAUUCCUUUAGAACCGACGUCGGCUAUUAUAUAUGAAGGACCGCUUGUAAAAGAAAUUCAUCAAAAUAUAACUUCUUGGCUCAGUUCUGUCGUAAGCAUUUAUGAUAAUCGAAAAUUAGUGGAAGUUAAUUGGAUUGUUGGACCAAUUCCCAUAGAAGAUGGAAUAGGAAAAGAAGUUAUAACAAAAUACAAAACUGAUUUAAAAACUCAUGGUGUGUUUUAUACAGACUCAAAUGGGCGUGAACUAAUUCGACGUGAUCGUAAUCACCGUGAAACAUGGGAUUUAGAUUUAAAAGAGCCGGUUGCUGGAAAUUAUUAUCCAGUAACAUCCAGAAUUGUUUUAACUGAAAAUCAAAAUAAUAGUCGUGUUACAGUAUUUACUGACCGUGCACAAGGAGGCUCCAGUUUAGUCGAUGGUGAAGUUGAAUUAAUGAUACAUCGACGCUUAUUACAUGAUGAUGCUUUUGGUGUUGGAGAAGCUUUAAAUGAAGCCGGUGUUGGACAAAAUGGUUUAGUUGUACGAGGUACUCAUUAUAUUUUGAGUGGUAUUAAUUCCAAAACAUCACCGACUUUAGUAGCUGAGGAGCGGAAAAUAGCUGCACAAAAUAUACUUUCACCAUUACUUCUUGUAGCGGGGCCGACAAGAGCUUCUUACUCUCCAGAAUCCAAUAUUGAAGAUAUUUUAAAAAAGUUACGUGAAAAUUAUGAAUAUGAAGGACUAAUUCAACAUCCUUUACCGGAUAAUAUACAAAUAUUAACACUAGAACCAUGGAAAGAUAAAAGUCUGUUACUCAGAUUGGAACAUAUCUUGGAAAUAAAUGAAGACCCAAUUUUGUCACAACAAACUUGUAUAAAUAUUGAAAAUCUACUAACAUAUUUUAAAAUUACUGAAAUCAAGGAGACUACUUUAGGUGCGAAUCAAUGGAUUGAAGAUAAUGUACGAUUGCAAUGGAAGUCUUCCUUUUCAAAAGAUGCAUCGCAAAAAGAAAUAAACAUUCAAAAUAAUAAUCUGGAUAAUUUUUACAAAUGUUUAGGUAAUAACAGUCGAUAUGAAAUAGUUUUGAAUCCGAUGCAAAUACGUACAUUUAUUUUACAUAUUAGAAGCCGUAACGAGUAA